AUGGGAAAAUUCUUGCCGAAGGAUUAUAAGGUUCAACGCCUUCGGUCACCAAGAUCUGAUUUGUUUCAAUUGUCCUUUUCAAGAACUUAUAAUAUUACGUAUUGGGAGUUAUACGAAGAAAAUGAACGUUUGAAAAGAGAACGUAAUGAAAUGCUUGAUGGUUACAACAAAUUCAAAGCAUUACAAAAAGAGAAACAAGGUUGUACUUUUAUUGACAAAACAUCACUAAUCGCUGAAUUCAUUAAGUCCAAUUCAGAUGUUUCUCUUGUCGUUUGGCCAAGACGAUUUGGAAAAACCACAAAUCUCACAAUGCUUAAAGAAUUUUUUUCAAUCCCCAUCUAUCCUGACAAUGAGAACUACUAUCGUGAACUGUUCAGAGAUACAAAAAUUAUGGAGAGAUCAUGUCUACUCGAUAGUCACUUUUGCAAGUAUCUGGUUAUCUUCCUAUCUCUCAAGGGUUUCGAUGUCUGUGAUACUUGGUUGAAAAUGGAAGCUUUAUUGUGUCAGGAGUUGGCAUCACUUUAUAAAGAGCACGGCUAUAUUAAUGAUAUUCUUGAUAAUUAUGAGAAAUUACGAUUUAAUAAGAUACUUUCUGGUAAUUUUGAACAUGCGGUCAUAAUAAAAUCUCUUGAACAUCUUUCCAAAUACUUGAGAACCUACCACAGAAGAAGGUGUAUUGUCCUAGUUGACGAAUACGAUCACCCUAUGGAAAUUGCUUACCGAUAUCAAUAUUAUGAAAAAGCUCGUGGUUUUUUUUCUUCUUUAUUUGGAGCGCUCCUCAAGGACAAUGACAAAAAUUUGGAGAAAACCCUCCUCGUUGGUGUGUCUCGCAUUGCUAAGUCGGGAUAUUUGUCAGAACUUAACAAUUUGAAUAAAGAACGGUUGAAUGAAGUCAAAGAAUGGUACGAUGGAUAUAAGGCUGGAAAUGGAAUUUGUCUGUAUAAUCCAUGGUCAAUAAAUCAAUUUAUUGACACAAAUACUUUGGAUGCGCACUGGGUGAACACAGGAGGUACUGCGACUAUCAAGAAAUUACUUUGGCACUCAACCAAAGACUUUAAAAAAGAGACGUUAACAUUACUCAAAAAAGAUGUGAUUGAUGUAAAGAUCUUGAAAGACAUUGAUUAUAACACACUAUCUCCUCGUGUGAUAUGGACUUUACUCUACUAUGAAGGCUAUCUUACAAUGAACGAAGACAAGAAUCUAUGCAUUCCAAACAUAAAGGUUUUCACAGAAUGGAAAGAAUGGUUAAAUAAUAGAAUUUCAUCUAAUCCAGAUAUAAUGCUGGAGAUGCUUUUGCAAUGCAAUCUCACAAAAUUUGAGGAGGAACUUCCAACGAUGAUAAUGGAAUCUCUUUCGUAUUUGGAUACUAUAAAUAGUAACUUAUCAUAUCAUUUUCUUAUGAUUGGCAUAUUAUCACCGGUACGGUAUCAUAAUUAUGAGUUAUUGUUAAAUAGAGAAGCUGGUGAAGGACGUUUUGAUGUUAAAAUUGUACCAAUUACAGAAAAUGUAAUCUAUCCAAUAUUGAUAAUUAUGGAGUUCAAGGUAUACAAGAAGAAUAAAAAGAUUAUUGACAAUGAUGAAUAUGGAGAUGAAGACGAAGAUAAGACAGAGCAUUAG